GGGGUGGGAAGACGGCGGGGCGCCAGCCGCGAUGGAUGAUGGCGCCGAAUAAUGCCUCGCGAGAGAAGAGCCAUUUUGCAGACCCAAGAUCCCUCUGCACGGGGUUAAAUCGGCACACCUCACGCCGAUAGCACCAACCUCUCCUGCUCCCUUCCAGCAAUCAAAAGCGUCCAGACCGCCCUGCCGAACUUCCGUCUCCACCUCCAAACCAACCAUGUUCAACUGGGCGAAACAGCAGCUGGCCAACGUCGCCGGCACUCAGGAGCCCAUCUACGGCCCUGACGCCAUCCAGCCCGUCACCAAGCAGGCCCAGGACACGCCCUACACCGAGGUCCAGAAGGAUGACCUGAAAUGGGUCGCCAUGGAGUCGACCUGCGUCGAGACGCAGACUUUCUACAUUGUCGCCGACAGCGGUCUGCUAGGCAUGGCCCAGGUCAUCUACAGCAAUGUAGCAGGCCUGCGGACGACGUGCCAGUUCAACGCCAAGAUCUUCUACCAGGACGGCAAGACGCCCAACCUGUGGUCCUCCGACCCGCUUAGCAACACCCGCUUCGACAAGGACAAGUACAACUUUUACGCUGACAACUGCUCGCUCGAGCUGUCGCCCGACGGAAACACCUACACGAUCAAGUCCAACACGAACAAGCAGAGUAUUGUGAAUCUGACCUUCACCAAGGUCGCGCCGGGCUUUGUUGUGGGCAAGAACGGCUACAGCUACUUUGGAACCGACCCCGCCAAGCCGUGGGGCAGCAUGCGCCAUGCCUUCUGGCCCAGGUGCAAGGUCGAGGGUAGCAUUCUGACCCAGGCCGGCGAGGUCAACAUGGGCGGCAGGGGUCUCUUCAUUCACGCGCUUCAGGGCAUGAAGCCGCAUCACGCAGCUGCCCGUUGGGACUUUGUCAACUUCCAGUCCCCCUCGUACUCUGCCAUCCUGAUGGAGUACGUCACUCCUCCCUCGUACGGCUCGACGGUCGUCAGCGUCGGCGGUGUCGCGACCGAUGACAAGAUCAUCUACGCCGGCGCCACCAACUCGGCGAAGCACGUCGAGAAGAAGCAGGACACGGAGAACGACUGGCCCGAGCCGGUUGCCACGGCGUACACGUGGGACGGCAAGUCGAGCGACGGCCAGGCUUUCCACGCCGAGGCUGCCGGUUCGCUGGGUCCGCGCAUCGACCGCGUUGACGUCAUGGCCGAGGUCCCCGGCUUCGUCAAGGCCAUCGUCGCCAGCGCCGCCGGCACCAAGCCUUACAUCUACCAGUACGCGCCGAAGCUGACCAUCAAGGUCAAGGUCGGCGACGAGGAGAAGGAAGAGGAGGGAACUCUCUUCACCGAGGCCACUUUCAUCUCGGGAGAGUACUGAUGGACUACCGCUCGAUGAUACGACUGUUGAGGAGAGCAUCUUCACGUUCGUUGGUCGGGAUGAAUGGUUGGAACGAAAUGACUUAGAGGAAUGAAGGCUUUUUGUAUAU